AGAGAGAGAGAGAGAGAGAGAGAGAGAGAGAGAGAGAGAGAGAGAGAGAGAGAGAGAGAGAGAGAGAGUCUCAGAGCUGUUGGACACACUUGGCAAGGCAGCCAUGUGUCCGGACAAACGAUAUCUAUCUUCAAGCUCGAUGAUAUGUUCGUCAGUAUAGAAGAAUCGAUGGUAUUCCUGCUCACUCACGCUACCGGACGACUUGGGCUGGAGUUGUGCGGAGAAGAUCUAGAUCGCAGGAUUCGCAGCCCAUGGUCGAGGUUCAAUCUUCKUCCACUCAUCACAAGUUYGACUGUAGAAAACUUUAAACUGCAAUUUAUAUCCACUCCGCUCUCACUCCCUCAUAUACCAUCACCAGGUUCGACUGUAGAUUAGUUCCUUUUCACUCAYACCUUGCAUUCGCCAGAAAAAACUCGAUACCAGAAAGAAAGAAAAAAAAAGAAACUGUAUAUCUACUCCCUCGUACCAUGCAUGAUGUACGGCACGACACACGUGGCAGUCCCAGACCUCCGUUCCCUCUCAGGCUUCUCAAUCAUGAUUGUAUCACGCGAAGACUACCCAUAGUACACUCCACACUAGGACCGCAUGCGCAUAUCAUCUGCAUUAAUUUUAUGCGCGAUUCCAACAGGACACACGAACACGAGGGGACUAGCUCGUCGAAAAAGAUUGAGUAACACAGAUUCCUCGUCUGCGACGGACUGAUACGGUAGUUCUUCGCGACGUAAUUGUGUCUGUCUAGAUGUGGUAAUCGGACGA